CUUGACAAAAUAACUUAAAAUAUACCAAAAACAUGGUCAUGAUACAUCAAAUUAAACUAAUGUUUGAAAUGAAUGUAAUAGCUUUAUUAAACAAAUGAAAAAGCGGAAUUUAUAAUGUAGAUUAAUAAAAAGAAGAUGAAGAAUUGCAUCAAAAUAGUAGAUAUAUAUCGCCAUAAUUUCGGAAACUCAACAACAAUUACUGGAAGUAAGUAUCUUAGAAAAUAACAAAUUACGAAAUUUAGAAAUAUGUAAAAUAUUUUCAAAGUUUGAGAUGAUGUUAAAAAAUAAAGGGGAUAUUGAUAAUGAUAGAGG